AUGUGGAUCGUGUCGUUUUGGAUGCUCCCGGUCAUAUCGGCCUGCGUGUGGGUAGCAAUGCUCGUCGCGAUGUUAUCGACAUGGGCCGUGGAAGGGAAACCACACUACAGCGAGGAAUCAAUUGGAGAGACCAUCCCGUACAUCUCAGACAUUGGUGCGCGCGGCCUCAAACCUCUUUUUAUCGCAAUGGGCGCAGUCUCUGUGGUCGUGUUCGAUAUUGCCCUGCUAUCCGAGCGCUGGUUACGACAUGCCGGCCGGUUGGUAAGGAACAAGGGCAGGUUCGACAAGAUAUGCUCGGUUCUUUCUCUUAUCUGCGCCGUGGUAGGUGCGGCUGGGCUCAUCCUACUCACAAUCUUCGAUACCGUUCGUCACCCACAUCUUCACCGUAUCUUUCUGGGUCUUUUCAUUGGCGGAUACCUAGUCAGCGCACUCUUCCUCUGCCUAGAAUACCUACGCCUCGGCCUUUCUUACCGCCAACAACACGUCGUGCUCAUUGUCAGCUUUUGGAUCAAAAUCAGCUUCGUGGUCGUGGAGCUGGCUCUGGCGAUCGCUUUUGGUGUAUUAGAUAAGUCUUCGCAUCGGCAGAAUUCCGCUGCAGUCAUUGAAUGGGUUAUUGCGUUUAUUUUCACAUUCUAUGUACUCUCAUUCAUCGUCGACUUGCUGCCUUCGGUGCGCACCCGCCAUCGUAUCCCGCAGGGAGAAAAGGCCAUCCAGAUGGCUAGCGCAAGGCCGAGUACGAGCUCUGGCGCUGCUAAUGGUAAUAUCACCUACGAGCAGCCACUCACCACAAACUCAAUGGGCGACAGAGCCGAUACAUAUCGCGGUCAAGUGGUGAGCGGAAGGCAUGGCCCGUAUCGAACUGAAGUGGUAUGA